AUGUCUUGGAUGGAGAAAUCUGAAAAACACGAACGUUAUUCUGUCGAUGGUCCGAACAAUGGCGGGUGUGCCCUACUAGUCAAAACCAAGUUUUACCAAAUUGCAUCCUGUGUGAUUUGUUUGUUACAGCUUGUAUUUGAAGGAAUCAGAGGGACUACAUUCUCUAGUGACAUUGCCAUUGAUGAUUUCAAAGUCACUUCUGGACCAUGUGCAGCCCCAGCAUCAUGUAACUUUGAGAAAGAUCUAUGUGGUUUUACAAAUGUUGUAGGUGAUCAGUUUGACUGGACAAGAGAUAAUGGAGGUACCCCAUCAUCUACAACAGGGCCUCACAAUGACCACACCACCAAUUCUGCUGCAGGUUACUAUGUAUUUAUUGAGACAAGUGCACCGAGGAAAGUUGGAGAUAAGGCAUGGUUGAAGAGUGAUCAGUUAACACCCACUACAGGAUCAUGUUUAACUUUCUGGUACAAUAUGUAUGGACAAGGUAUCGGUGAUCUGAAUGUUUAUCUGAUGAGUAGCCUCGGACCACAACAGACAUUGUUUAAUGUCAGUGGUAACAAAGGUGAUGUAUGGAUCAAGGGGCAGGCAACUCUGUCAUUUACACAGAAUUUCUACAUCCUGUUUGAAGGUGUUAGAGGAAAUAACUUUAAUGGUGAUAUUGCCCUAGAUGAUAUCAGUGUAGUUGCAGGUACUUGUGGAUCACAACCCACAGGCUCCACUCCUUCACCUACAUCGUUUACAACUGCAAGUUAGUAUAUAUAUAUUCAUAA